UUGAAAAAGUAUAUAUAGUUCCGUUUUGGAUCUCCGGAAGGCGCGGAAACGGGAAUCUCCAGAUUUCUUCAUCUCCGACGGGCUCAUUUCCACUCCCCACCGCUGUGAAACUCAAGUCUUCUUCGUUCUCGUUGCUCUCUCUCUCCCUUUCCAUUUCCCCGUCGUCUUUAACCUACCCUUGCUCUAAUCACACGCUGUUCCCUUGUUUUGAUUCUCUUCAUUGACAUGGAUCCCCUCUCCAACUGUUCGAGGAAAUGCUCCUGAAAGGGGGGAUACACUUCGCAACUCUGUUUCUACGGCCCUCCUUCUCUUUUCAUAAGUCUCUCUUGAUCCGCUCUACAAUUUAUUCCUGAGCCAUUGACGUCCGCUUUGAUUUCGGGCCGUUUUAUCGAAAAUGGCUGCAGCGAGCACAUCAUAAAUGGGAUGUCAGCGUUGAUCUCUUCAAUUGGUGUAAUAAGCUGUGAGAUAGAUUUGAUAUUGCUGUUAUGGAUCAUCCGAUCGUCUCUGAACUCUCCCCACAGGCGGUCAUCUCCCCCGUCCCGCUAGAGUUUUCCAACGUUGAGGCCAUCCCGCACAUGAACGCAUUGGAGAUUCUGAGGGAGACUGCCCGAAUCCUCCGCACAGAUCCCUCCACUUUUCUGACCAUCAUGGCUCUUCUUAUUUGUCCUGUAUCCACCGCUUUGCUCUCCAAUUUCCUUGUCGACAAGGCUAUCGUUACUGCUCUCGGACGCAGACUGAUGCUUCUUGCGGUUACCAAUGGAUUACCGGCCACACAGUUCAUCAAACAGAUCUGCCAUCAUCUUGCAGGCACCAUUGUCUCUUCUGCCUUUUGCUUCCCUUUGUUGAUAACUUUUCUUCUUCUAGCCCGGGCCUGCACUGCUUAUUCCGUGGCCUGCAAUUAUGCUGGAAAGAAAGUUAUAGCCACAGAAUUUAUGGGAAUGGCUCGUAGGAUUUGGAGGAGCCUUGUGUCGACCUAUAUUUUGGUUUGUGCGGCAAUUGUAGGUUGCCUUGCUAUCUUCAUCGUACUCAUAGUUGUCGUCUGCAAUUCACUUGCUGUAUUGGGUUAUCCUCCAGAGAUCAUUGUGUAUCCAGCAUUGGUUACAGUUUUAGGGUUUUCGGUGGCUUAUGCCCAUACUAUUAUAGUAUGCAAUAUUGCUAUUGUGAUAUCUGUAUUGGAGGACGCAUCAGGACCGAUGGCUUUUCUGCGGUCAGUAAGGUUAGUUAAGGGGCAGACGCAAGCAGGGCUUCUGAUAUUUCUUGGGUCUGCCAUUGGUUCUGCUUUUGUUGCAGGGUUAUUCGAGCACAGGGUGAAAACAUUGAGCUAUGGAGAUGGUUCUUCUCGUAUAUGGGAAGGGCCUCUUCUGGUCCUCAUGUAUUCGUUUGUUCUUCUGGUUGAUUCUAUGAUGAGUGCCGUCUUCUAUUUUACCUGUAGGUCUUCUGGCAUGGAAGUGUUGAGUGGAAAUGCCCUUGCUGUUGAAGAGUUGGAAACUCUUUCUUCUGAGUCAGCUACUGUGGGAUAGCUUAUUGUUUCAGUUUUGCUUAGUGAUAGUAUUGGCUAUUAUUUCAUUGCAGUUACUUGUAGAGAACGACAGUGCUUUGUUUUUUAGUCACAGUAGAAACCAGGAAGUUAUUCCACUGAAUAAGGUUGAUAGAUAGCAUUUUCAAUGACUGCUGUGAAAGCAUGAAAAUUGAAUGGUCUAUUGCUGAGAAGAGUGUUCGGUCAAAGUAGAUUAUCAGAACAGAAUCCUACAUAGUAUUUGCAAAUAUGUAUGUUUAUUUCUAAACAAGUUAACCAUUCUGGUAAUCUCUUUGCUGUUUAUCUUUUCUAUAUCUGUAGCAUUGGUCAUUCUGUCAUUAUGCUUUCAGAAUUAGAUUAGUUGGACAAACACUACAUAUUAGUCAAGCAGUCAAUUGUAAAAUUCAUCAUA